GCCGCCGCCAGUCCGUCCAGAGGCUGCGGGGACUGGUGACCGACAGACAGCACCCUCUGUCUUUGCACGCCGCUUUUGUGGGUCUCUGUCCAGUUAAGCUUGGUAGCGAGGGCAAUCGGCACGCGAAUUUGACCUCUCCACCUUCAUAGGGUCCUGGAUGUAGGAGUACCUGACUGGUAUGAGGAUUGAAUGUUGGAACUUCUUUCGGCGCCCAGAAGACUGUUUUACUUGCAUCUGGCGCUCAGUAAUAGUAUAGGUAGCAGUAACAGCCCAAGGAUUUAUUUUAUGAGCGACUUGAAUUUCUAGCUCCCUCUUCCUUCUUCCCCCGCCCGUAAAAUUGUGCACUCUCCCUUUAAGAUUAAAAUGGUGGCUCGCUAUGAACAGAACUCCACUUCCGGUGGGUAGGGGGGCGGGACCCCAGCCCUCUCACGCCGGAAGUGGUUUGAGCUUUCAAGAUGGCGACUCCCUAUGUAACUGACGAGACCGGCGGCAAGUACAUCGCCUCAACACAGCGACCUGACGGGACCUGGCGCAAGCAGCGGAGGGUGAAAGAAGGCUAUGUGCCCCAAGAGGAGGUCCCAGUGUAUGAAAACAAGUAUGUGAAGUUUUUCAAAAGUAAACCAGAACUUCCCCCAGGGCUAAGCCUUGAGGCCACUGCUCCUGUCACCCCAUCCAGGCCGGAAGGUGGUGAGCCAGGCCUCUCUAAGACAGCCAAGCGCAAUCUGAAGCGAAAGGAGAAGAGGCGGCAGCAGCAAGAGAAAGGAGAGGUAGAGGCCUUGAGCAGGACUCUUGAUAAGGUGUCCCUGGGAGACACAGCCCAACUCCCCAGUGCUCCGCCGGGCUCCCAGGCAGCCUCCACAACUGCCUGUGACCCGCCUGACUCAGCUGCCACCACUGAGAAAGCCAAGAAGAUAAAGAACCUAAAGAAGAAGCUUCGUCAGGUGGAAGAGCUGCAGCAGCGGAUCCAGAGUGGGGAAGUCAGCCAGCCGAGCAGAGAGCAGCUGGAGAAGCUCGCAAGGAGAAGGGCGCUGGAAGAGGAGCUAGAGGACUUAGAGCUGGGCCUGUGAGGCUCGCGAGUAGGAACGGACCGUAGAACAAACCGCGGGGCUCUCGGGGCUUCAGGGGAUGUGAGCAGCCGCAGUCAGGAGGGACACCCCCUAGCGGCUCACUUUGGCCUCUUGCUCCAGAGAUAGCCUCGCUCUCAUCCCUUUUCCUCUUUUUCCCAAAGUCUGUAUUUUGGACGUUCUCCUUCCCAUUCCCAGUGUUCAAAACUCAGUGGCUACCCCAGGUACCUGAUUUGCGUGUCUUGUUUAAAAAGAAAAUCGGGUGAGUGGGAAUCUGGGAGAACAGAGGUGGAGGGUGGAGGAGGCGCUUGGAGUCGUGGUUCCUGUUUAGUGUUUAUGAGUUACUUCUUUGUCUACCCCUAAACCCCCCCUUUUUUUUAAAGAACAAAAAUAAACUCAAGUAGACAACA